AUGUCAGAUAAGGUUUCAGGCGCUGUUAAAAGAUUAUGGACAUCAUAUUCAAAGAAUACACCACAAAGUCUUCAACUUAUUGAUGUUUACUUAGUUUUUAUUCUCUUUUCUGGUGUUUUCCAAUUUGUACAUUGUGUGCUCGUUGGAACCUUCCCAUAUAAUGCUUUCUUAGCAGGAUUUAUUUCUACUGUUGGUUCGUUUGUGUUGGCAGCUAAUUUACGGAUACAAACUAAUCCAGAUAAUGCAGCUGAAUUCAAACACCGCCACCCAUCAACGCAUCAAUGUGCUUCAUUAAACAUUGCAUCGGAAAAUAAAGCAAAAAGACGAGAAAUGGCUGAAGAAUUAAUUGCUAAAUAUUUCAAGAAAACUAAUAGUGACACUAAUGAUAAUACGUCAACUUCUGCUACCUCAUCAAAAUCUCAAUCUUCAUUUACUGCGAAACCUAAAAAGAAAGGAAAUAAAAUGAUUGAAGUUAUGAAAUUAAAAUCAAAAGCUCAG